CGAGAGGGCUCUCUUUAGGACAAAAGUGAAGGGUUAGAACUUCGCUUUGAGUUCCCAUCGGAAGUCUUCGCCGGAAAAGUUUAUAGAAGUACCUGAACAAAUCAAAGUGAAAGAGUGAAUUUGAAGGAAGAUAGGAGAAGACUUUUCUCGGAUCCGAUUGGAAAAAAGGCAGCGAGAUUUCCGAUUGGAGGAAGAGAAAAAAAUUUCCUCUUUUUGCGAAAGCAUUUUCCCGGACUUUCCAAUUCCUUUGGUUUCUGAUUUCUAAACCCUUUCGGCUUUGCGCUGUUUCCCAUUUCACCGUCCCUUCGAGAGAUAUGGGAGUGAAGGUAGCUACGACCUGUUUGCAUUGGUCGCAGCCGAUACUUCUUCGCUCUCCCUCCACAUCUCAAACCCUAGCCUCAGCAGCCUCGUCUCCUUCAAGACGACGUCGUAGCCGCGAUGGAGGAGUUCUCGUGUGCCGGUACGUGCAGAGACUGGACCGAUCGGCUCUGUUCGGAGUCACACCGACGAAGCUUUACCGGUCCCGAUCUUACGAGUACCCGAAACCGAGAACUGAGACUCUGAAACGAGUUUGCAGUGCCAGCUUAGACUCUUUUUCUGACGAAGAAUUCUCGAAGAAGAUUCAGGAAAUGGCACUCCGAUUCCAAUUGUCGGACGAUAGCGACGACGAUAAUUGUACUGCCAUGGAUGAUUCGGAAUCACACAUGCUUCCAGAUUCCAUGGAUAGUUUUGACAGUUUCAACAGUAGCGUCGACUUUUUACAGAAUCAGACGCAUAGAGCACCGCAACCACCUUUGGACCUCGAGCCUCCGUGGCCGGAGAUCCGGCAUGAGCCUCCGGAUUGGGCCGGAAGAGACGAAAUCAUCCCGUCGAGCAUCGAACGCAAGGCGAACAGUGUGGAUCUUCCGCUUUCGCUCCGAAUCAUCAAGCGGAAGAUGCAAUGGCAGGAGGGGUUCAGGGAGGUCGGUGAAUCGGCUUAUUGCUCUGUAAAGAAAGCUUUCUCGUCGAUGGUGUUCAUCAUUAGAGAGCUUCAGAGCUACACGUUGCAUAUGAGAGAGUUCCUCUUCUACGAAGACCUACAGGGGAUUCUCGCACGUGUCCAGAAGGAGAUGCACGCUUCGUUCGUGUGGCUUUUCCAACAGGUCUUCUCUCACACGCCGACUCUAAUGGUGUAUGUGAUGAUCCUCCUCGCGAAUUUCACCGUCCACUCGAUGGGCCACAACAACCUGGCACUCGCAGCCUCACCGUCAAUUGAGUCUUAUUCAACUACGACAGAGAUCGCUUCGGUUGUAGAAACUGAUAAGGAUGAGACGCUUCAACGGUUUGAUUCUUCCGCAAUUAAGAGUUUUUCGUCGUCGGGGAAGACAGCGUCAAUCGGCGGAAACAAUGGCGGUGGAGGGACGGUAAGGCCGGUGGGUAGUGGGACCGACGGUGACGGACGGUUCGACGGGUCGGAUUACCAGUACCGGACGGUUCCCCCCGAGGGGUCUUCUUCGCAAUUGUCUUCUUCCUCUUACGGAACAACAAGAGAGGCAGAGGCGGAGACGCAGGAAGAAGAGGCGACUCUUUGGAACUCCAUAGUCGAAGAGGCUUCGGGGAUGCAAGCCGCACUAAGAGACGACGCUCUGGAUGAAGAAACAAUGAAACGGUUCGUUUCGCCCGUGACGGCUAAGAUCGAAGCGGACUCCGACUACGCUGAGUUCUUCAGAACAGAGCUGCUUUACCGAACGGGCCUGGCCCAAGAGCCCAACAACCCUCUUCUUCUCGCCAACUUCGCUCAAUUCCUCUACCUAGUCGCCCACGAUUACGACAGAGCGGAGGAUUACUUCAAGAGGGCGAUACGGGUGGAGCCACAUGACGCGGAGGCACACAGCAAGUAUGCUACCUUCUUGUGGAGAGUGAGAAAGGACUUGUGGGCCGCGGAGGAGACGUUUCUUGAGGCCAUCUCUGUUGACCCAAGCAACUCAUACUACGCUGCUAAUUAUGCCCAUUUCCUUUGGAACACCGGCGGUGAAGACACUUGUUUCCCUCUCGACUCCCCAGAAGAGACCACUGAAGAAGCUUAAAAAAUUAACCCCCCCCCCAAAAAAAAAAAAAAGAAAUAAAAUGGGUAGUUCCCACCAUACCAUACUUCCACUCUCUUUACUCGGAUGACAAAAUAUGCACACAAAAAAAAAAAAGAAAACAAAAAAUGAAAGAGAUUUUUGUUUGAAGUUUUGUUUUUGUUGUUUUUAAAUUAAUUGGGCGGUGGAGUUUGGAAGGAGGAAGCAUGUGAGUGAAGAGGGGUCGGGCACAUGCUGCACCGCGAAUGGAAACAAUGGGAGUGUGUUGGGUUUGGCGUGUCUUCUGCCAUGGAGAUCUAUGGUGGUAAAGCUUGGACCAGUGGGGAUGGUUUUGCUUUUGCACAGUUUUUCAAACUUUUUGGUGACACAAAUCACAUGGCAAACUGUAGUUAGCCUCUUGUUCAUAUAUGCUAUUUUUAAAUUAGAAACAAAGAAAACGACUAAUUUAAUUUAGCAAAAGAAGCUUAUGUUAUGCUUC